AUGUAGAAUCAAUUACAAUGCUCUUAUCCUCCUCACCAUCUCCAUCACUUUUUCUCUCAAAGUCAAAUGACACCACCAGUUACAAUUUUUCUUCUCCAACGACUAUCACCAUCAUCUCCAAACUGUCAAAACCUAUAAACCUCAGUAGCAUCUCCCAGAGAGCCUCCAUGAGCACCAAUGUUUGUCGUGCCAGACGACGAGUGCGAUACGAGGAUGCUGAAGGAGAAGGAGAAGGAGAAGGAGAAGAGUAUGGGCAUAACAAGGAGAUUGCGUUGUUGGAAAUGUAUAGUCAAUCAGCAACAAAAGAAGCACUUCUUGUGCAAGCAUUAGUGGAUAAGCAAGAAGUGGAAGUACUUAUCUUCAGGGGGUUUUCUUCAUGCUUGACAUAUGGUACAUCUCCAGACCCAUCAAGAAGUGUAAUUCCAGAAAGAGCAGUGAUCAAGUGCAUAGACAGAAUCAAAGGACCUUUUGAUCCUUCUAAUGUUGAGUAUCUUGAAAAAGACCUUUCUUGGGAUGUCUUCAAGAACCGUGUAGUUUGAAGUCAGGCU